AUGGACACAGGGUUCCUGCGGUGCUGCGUGCCCGCGCCGAGGCGGCCGGGUACCGGCGGCUGCUUCCGCGCCCGCGCGGCGGAGGUGGAGGCGCUGCGCGGGGCCGUGGGGGCUCUGCACCGGCAGCUGGAGGGGCUGCGCGACCGGCGCAGCGGGGAGCUCGCCAAGUACCAGGAGCGGGUGGCGGAGCUGGAGCGGGAGAUCGGCGAGGCGGAGCAGGAGAUGGCGCGGUGCCUGCGCGAGUACCCGGCGCUGCUGCGGCUCCGGAUGGCGCUGGACGCGGAGAUCGCCGCGUACCGGGAGAUGCUGGAGGGGGAAGAGCUGCGCCUGGGCUCCGUGGCCCCGCCGUGACGGGACCCCCGGCCCCCGGCCCCCCGCGCCGCGGGACCCCGGACUGCCGGGCCCCGCCGGACCCCCAGGCCCCAGACUGCUGCGCUGUGGGGUCCCCCCAGUUCCCGCUGCCCCGUGCCUCGGGACAACCCCCGGAUUCCCAAGCCGUGGGACCCCCCGGACUCCUGGAACCCCCGUCCUUUGGACCCCCUCGCCACGGGACUCCCCGGACUCCGGGGACCCCCGGGCACCUGGGCUGCCCAGACCCCCACCCCAGGAGGCCCCGGCACCCCAGGAGGGCAGCGCCCGCCGGGCCGCCCACUCUCACCAGCCUCUCCAGAGCAGCAGCAGGGCUGGGGUCCUGGCCCCGGCCUGCGCAGAAGCACCUCAAUAAAGGCCCCGUGGCAUU